UCAGUAGGUACUCAACCACACGUACCUACCUACCUAUUUCGAUAAUCUUUUAUAUUCAAAACACCGAAAAUGUUGUUCGCGUUUAUGUUAGCGUCGGCGUUGGCCGCGACCACCGCGGUGCUCGGCCGUUCGACCGAAUCGUCACCGGCGUUGCAGAUGACCCUCGUCGAAGAAGACCAAAUCGAAGGCCAAUACGAAGAGACGAGACAGAUCUUGGCCACGGACGACCGAUCGUCCAACUUGAAGUACGUGAUGGCCAUACAGAGCUCGAGCAUUUGGACGGAGAUCAAGAAACGGUCGUUGACGAUCAACGCGCCGCAGGGGUUGAACGACGUCGCGACCGACAAAUCGCCAGAAAACUUGUCGGACGCAGAACUGGCGCUGCUCAAGCAAGCGUGCCACGACGGGCUCAAGUGCGUGGCCGUCGACCAGCUGUUGGUGCUCAACUCGGUCCGAGAACCGCUCGGCGACGGCUACACGUCCGUGCGCACGGCCAUCACCAAGAUCACCGAGGUGAUUACCCAGUAUACGGACGAGUACCACGAGGACGUUUACGAGUACGAGGCGGUCACGCAGUCCGACGACUCGUCCAAAGUGUACGAAUCGGUGACCACCAUAGUGGAGGACAACAAGGAACUGUGUCAGAUCGACGUCGCGGCGCCGACGACGGCGGGCGAAAGCUAUCGCGAACAGGUCGUCGGAUACGCCGACGGCGGCAGCAAUACUGGGUCUGCGCCUCCUCAGAUCGUCAACAACGACGUCACCAUCAACUACAACGAGAUCGGAAACUAUAAUGUCAAUAACGGCACGGUCAACAGUGCCAACAUCGAAAUUCCGCCGACCGCCGACGGAGCCGUCGUUACGAUGGGCACCGAUGACCUGCCCAAAAACCGUUCAUCGGACCGUCGGUACGGCGACGCUGUCAACGGUACGUCGACCGGCGACAAGACCGAUUCUGUCAAAUCCGUCAAAAACGAUGCCGGACGGAAUGACGUUCGGGGCAGUGGUAUGGCCGACAGGCACGCCGAACCCGUCUCGACCGCCAACGACCGCACCGGGUACGCACCCCCUCUCAAGCGCCGCCAACCGCUCGCGAUCGCCGACGGACCUUCCGGUAACAGUGGUUCCGCCGACACGGGAGACGCGAAUAAGAACGCGGUGACGCUGGAUAACAGUGCGGGUUCUGGGCACAACGAAUCCGACGCAGACAUCGUCAGCGCUGGCUCUAACAACAAACACGACAUCCGCAAAGGUAUGGUCGAGGACGGUUAUUUCAACAACGGUAACAUGAAAGUCAAAAACUCCGACCACAGUAACCGCAACAAGGGUACCAUAAAAGACAGCAACGUCAAAAACGGUAUCCUCAACGUCGGCACUGUCAACAACGGACCGGUCAACUACGGCACGGCCAGCGAUUACACCAAUAACGGCACCGUCGCGGACCUAAACAGUUUCGACGUCCAGAAGUACGCCAAUUCCAUCGACCAAAUGUAUUCGGCGAUAUUAAACAAACUCGCCGCCAAACAAUAAUUCAUUAUUUCUGUGUAGUUCACCGUAGUUUUAUUUCAUUGUUCUAACAACCGUAUUUUGAUUAUCGUUAUUAAUUAUUAUUGUAGUUGUGUGUGACUCUGUCGCGUUGCAGAGAAUUAUUUAUUUUUAUUUUAUUUAAAUCUGUCAUGGGCGUAUUUAUCUUGUGUUAUCUUGUGGGUUUUUAUUUGUGUUAAUAAAUUAUUUAUUGUAUAAUUUAA